AUGACGGAAGCGAACUUCACCCUAAGAGAUAUAGGUUUAAAGGGAACUGAAGUGUCCCUCAAGCUUAAUACCAUCCAUGGCGAGAAUAGUAUACCAGCACAGAAAGUCGAAGGUCUGGUAGUCCAAAAACUUGACAAAGAUGCAAUAGUAGAGCUUCCAAAGGCGUACACAAGAGAAGCGAUCCCAGCCAGAAGAAACCAAAUACCGACUCCUGAAAUAGCCAGCAAGUGGUCUCACUUAAAGAAGAUAAAAGACAAAAUACCUCCUAAGCAGAACAAUGUAGAAGUCGGCCUUCUGAUAGGAUGUUAA